AUGACGGACAGCAUUGUGGACAAGAUUGAAUUUUACUGUUCGGGAGAUUCUCUUUGGGACUCCAAUCUGACCUGGAACACUGCUUCUCCAGAUCUCACACCCUGCUUCCAGAAAACAGUUUUACCCUGGACACCAUGUAUUUUUAUCUUGAUAUUUUCACCACUCAGGCUCUUCUUACUGCCAAAGGAACGCUCAAACCAACAACAAUCUACCCUUUGUCUUGCCAAAUAUAUUUUGUGUUCUGGUCUCGUCUUCCUUUCACUCUUGGAAUGCUUAGAAACGGUUUAUGUGAAUUCUCUGGAUGAUGCCGUCCGACAACCGGAAUUCAUGUCAUCCAUACUUACUGGCAUUACACUGGUUAUGGCCAAUCAUAUCAUGUGGACAGAACGCCAACAAAAAGUAAGGUCCUCUGGAUUUCUACUUACGUACUGGUUCCUGAUGUUUGUCAGUCUUUCUUUGACACUUCAGUCCCGAGUCAGAUCCCUCCUCAAACAGGAUGAUUUGAAUGUGGAUACGAGGUUUUGUUUCCUGUCCAUACAGACUCUUCUCAGCAUAGCUCAGCUGACUCUGACGGCACUAUUUGUGGACAGCUUCCCUGAAGAUGACCAAAAAUACAAGAAACCCUCUGCUGAGAAUAGUACAUUUCUUUCCACAUUGUCGUUUUCUUGGUUUACUGGCGUCGUGAGGGAAGCUUACAGGCGAACUUUAAAAGCUGAAGACAUGAUAGAGCUUACAGCGGACUUAACAUCGGAGUCAGCUGUUCCUAUAUUCCAGAAAGCAUGGCAUGACGAAGUUAAUACCAAGAAAAGGAAAAACUACUCAGUAAAAUCUGAUAUUAAUGACAACAGAUCGGACGGAAACAUACAACAGGCUAGUCUCUUUAAAGUGCUCUUCAAAAUUCAUUCGAAUGAGAUAGUUUUGAAUUUUCUGAUGAGGAUGUCACGUCACCUUCUGCAGUUUGUUGGACCCUUACUUUUCAAGCAAAUGAUUGACUUCGCCGAGGACAGUAAUGAUUUUCUUUGGCACGGAAUUUUAUUUGCUAGUGUUAAAUUCAUAGUUGAUUGCACAGAAGUGUUAAUGGGAAAUUGUGACGACAAUAUUUGUCACAUGAUAGGAAUCAAAAUCAGAACAUCUAUCUGUGGAGCUUUGUAUAGAAAGAUGACUAAACUUUCGAACACGGCUAAGAAAGAUUGCACUGUUGGCGAGAUGGUUAACCUGAUGGCUGAUGAUGCUCAGAGGGUUGUGCGUGCUCUCUUUCAAGUACAUUUCUUGUGGAUAGGACCUCUACAGGCAUGCGUUGCUCUUUACUUUCUAUACCAGGAGUUAAAGUUGGCUGCAGUCCUUGGAUUUAGCCUCCUAUUCAUUUUCAUCCCCUUGAAUGUAUUCAUAGCAAAGAAACAUCACAAAAUCAAUAAUGAGAAUACUGACAUCAAAGAUAAAAGAAUGAAGGUUUUAAAUGAAGUCUUUAAUGGAAUAAAGGUACUAAAGCUGUAUGCAUGGGAACCCUCAUUUGAAGACAAAAUUGAUUCCAUUCGAUUCCAAGAGCUACGUGGGAAAAUGAAAAGGAGAUGUUUUGAUGCAGUGUCAUCUUUCAUUUGGGGAAUAUCAGACUUUUUGAUUGCUUUUGUCAUCUUUGCCGUGUAUUUGUGGUUAGACGAUAGCAACGUGAUGACAACAAAGAAGAUAUUUUACACAAUAUCACUACUUGGAAUUCUACGUGGACCAAUUCUACAUAUGCCACAUGUGAUCACAGCUCUUGUGGAGACAACAACCGCUCUUAAAAGAAUUCAAAAGUUUUUGAAUCACGAGGAAAUAGAUGAAUCAGCUAUCCAACAUGGUGGAAAUGAAGUAAUGUCUAUACAGAUGAAAGGUGCAUCGUUCACUUGGAAUGGAAAGAAGAACCCAAAUUUAAGAAAUAUAAACAUUGAUAUCCCUGACGGAGGACUAGUAGCUAUUGUUGGAGCUGUGGGGGCUGGAAAGUCUUCGCUUUUGUCAGCAGCAAUUGGAGAAAUGGAAAAGAUUUCCGGGGAAGUUUGUGUGAAUGGUUCUAUUGCCUAUGUAACACAACAAGCAUGGAUUCAAAACAAUUCUUUAAAAGAAAAUCUUCUGUUCGGAAAGAAGAUGAAUAAGAAAAAUUAUAAUAAAGCAAUCGAUGCAUGUGCUCUACGAACAGAUCUUGACAUCCUUCCGGGAGGAGAUGAAACUGAAAUCGGAGAAAAGGGAAUUAAUCUUAGUGGAGGACAAAAACAGAGAGGAAGUCUGGCACGUGCAGUUUACCAAGACGCGGACAUCUACCUGUUAGAUGACCCUCUAAGUGCUGUGGAUGCACAUGUCGGAAGACAUAUAUUUCAAAAAGUCAUUGGCAAUGGAGGACUUCUGAGAAAUAAGACACGAGUCCUCGUAACACACGCCAUAAGCUUUUUACCAAACGUGGACAAGAUUAUAAAUAUGGUCAAUGGAGAAGUAUCGGAAGUUGGAACCUAUAAUGAGCUAAUGGAAAGGAAUGGAGCGUUUGCAGAAUUCGUACGGAACCAUGCACUAGAAGAGUCUUCUGAUGACGAUGAAGAGCAAACAAAUAAAAGACAAAAGUUCAUAGGGCGACAGAUAUCAACUAUUGACCAGUCUGACAAAGGAGAUCAGGAAAGAACAGAGAACAAAUGUAAAGAUUCUAAAUUCAUAGAAGAAGAAGCAAUAGAAACAGGACAGGUGAAAUGGUCUGUUUACACCAGUUAUUUGAAGGUAGCUGGACGUUUCCUCCUGGUCGUGUUUUUGUUCACUAUUGCAGAGAACAUAUCAGAUCAUUAUAAUAAGUACUGGUUGAGCGAAUGGAGUAGCGGCAACGUAGAUAACUGUACAACAGUUAAUAUAUCUACAAGUUUACAACAUUCACGAGAAAGAUACAGACUUAAAGUAUUUGGAUGCAUUGGACUGAUUAGAACUAUUUUUGAUGUUCUGGUACAACUCUCAAUUACUUACAUCGCCGUUAAAUCAGCACGAACGUUUCACCAGAAUGCCCUGUCCAGUGUGAUGAGAGCUCCACUGAGCUUCUUCGAUACAACGCCGAUUGGCAGAAUCAUCAAUCGUUUCUCGAAGGACAUGGAAACUUUAGAUUGGUCUCUUCCCUGGAUUACAAAAUCAUUCUUAGAGUGUAUUCCUCAUAUGUUCUUCACUUUUGCAAUCAUUACGAUGGGAACGCCUAAAAUAUUGUACUUCGUGAUUCCAUUGUGCUUCGUUUAUUUUUUCAUACAGAGACUCUUCAGUGCCACUGCAACACAGACCAGGAGGAUCUGCAGUGCCCUUAGAUCACCUCAGUACUCUCAUUUCAGCGAGUCCAUCAAUGGUGUCACAACACUUCGUGCUUUCAACAAAACUCAGCUGUUCACAAAUGAGUCUGAUCGUCGACGAGAUGCGUACAAUAAGGCUGAAGUAACAAACACUAUGUGUUACAGAUGGUUAGGAAUUCGUUUGCAGGUUAUUGGAAACCUUUUGGUUUUCAUUGCUUGCGUAAUGGCUGUUUACAGAAGAGACGUAUUAUCAAGUGGGAUGAUAGCACUCGUUAUGACAUACGCUGGACAUAUAACCGGUAUGCUUCAUUGGAUUGUUCAUGUUUUUACCGAAAUGGAUACUAACAUCAUAUCAGUGGAAAGAAUUUUGGAAUAUAUCGAAACAAAACCUGAAGCAGAAUGGCGAAUUAAAGAUACAAAACCUGCCCCUGAAUGGCCUCAAAAAGGCCACAUAAAAUUUUCAAAUUUUGGUCUAAGAUACCGUGAGGGUUUGGACCUGGUUUUGAAAGAAAUAGAUUGCGAAAUAAUGCCAGGAGAGAAAAUCGGAAUUGUUGGGAGAACUGGGGCAGGAAAAUCGUCCCUAACUCUUGGAUUAUUCCGAAUCCUUGAAAAGGCCCAAGGCAAUAUAAUUAUUGAUGAUGUUGACAUAUCUACCAUCGGUCUUCAUGAUCUUCGUUCAAAACUCACAAUUAUACCUCAGGAUCCCAUUUUAUUUUCCGGUACAAUACGGAUGAAUCUGGAUCCGUUUGAGUCUUAUACUGAUGAAGAGUUGUGGGUAGCUUUGGAACACGCCCAUCUUAAAAAGUAUGUGGAAUCCUUAGACGAUGGCCUUCAACAUGAAUGUACUGAGGGAGGUGAAAAUUUGAGUGUUGGACAAAGACAAUUGGUUUGUCUUGCCCGUGCAUUAUUAAGGAAAACCAAGGUGCUAGUAUUAGACGAAGCUACAGCAGCAGUUGACCUGGACACGGAUAACCUUAUACAGAAAACCAUAAGACAGGAGUUCUCAGACUGCACAAUUCUCACCAUAGCACACAGGCUCAAUACCAUCAUGGAUUACUCAAGAAUAAUGGUUUUGGACAAAGGUCAGAUCAAAGAAUUUGAAAGUCCAGAAACAUUGCUGAAAGAUGAGGACAGUACAUUUUACAAAAUGGCUAAAGAUGCCAACCUUGUUUAGUAUAGAUUCUCUUUCUUCUCAUCAAACCAAUCAAUGAACACUUAUUAAUGACUGUGAAACUCGGUGCCAA